CGGAGGCGGAGGCGGAGGCAGAGCAGGAGGAAGCCGGAAGUGCAUAGGGUCCGGGUCGGUCCGGGCGUUGCGGGAUUGGGGCCUGGAAUCGCUCGGCCCCCGGCAGCUGGGAAGCCCGUGACAGGGCAGAGCGGCGCCAUCCCAGCCCUGAGGACUGCUGACCGGCAGGUUCUGCGCGCCCCGCAGAGGUCGGCGGCGACCAGCAGCGACCGCGGAGCGACGGCGGGCGGCCCGGGACAUGUACGCCCCUGGAGGCGCAGGGCUGCCCGGCGGGCGCCGACGGAGAAGCCCGGGAGGCAGCACUCUGCCCAAGCAGCCAGAGCGUAGCCUGGCCUCGGCCCUGCCUGGCGCCCUGUCCAUCACGGCGCUGUGCACUGCCCUCGCCGAGCCUGCCUGGUUGCACAUCCACGGAGGCACCUGUUCCCGCCAAGAGCUGGGGGUCUCAGACGUGCUGGGGUACGUGCACCCGGACCUGCUGAAAGAUUUCUGCAUGAAUCCCCAGACAGUGCUGCUCCUGCGGGUCAUCGCUGCCUUCUGCUUCCUUGGCAUCCUGUGUAGUCUCUCUGCGUUCCUUCUGGAUGUCUUUGGGCCCAAGCAUCCAGCCCUGAAGAUCACCCGUCGCUACGCCUUUGCGCAUAUCCUAACUGUCCUACAGUGUGCUACCGUCAUCGGCUUCUCUUACUGGGCUUCUGAACUCAUCCUGGCCCAGCAACAGCAACAUAAGAAGUACCAUGGCUCCCAGGUCUAUGUCACCUUUGCUGUUAGCUUCUAUCUGGUGGCAGGAGCCGGUGGGGCCUCAAUCCUGGCCACAGCAGCCAACCUUCUGCGCCACUACCCGACAGAGGAAGAGGAGCAGGCGCUGGAGCUACUCUCCGAGAUGGAGGAGAAUGAGCCCUACCCAGCAGAGUAUGAGGUCAUCAACCAAUUCCAGCCGCCCCCGGCUUACACGCCCUAGUGCCCACCAUGGGCUUUCUUCCUCGGCAGCCCUCCCCGACUCUGCUGCUCCUCUCACACCCAGAGGAGCCCCUUUCCCCAGCAGACCUCACUGGUAGGAUCCUGACCUUCAUCACCAAAACUUCCCAGGAGAGACUCUGCCUUUAGGGUUGUCCAUGUAUCCCUGCUCUCGAAACCUGAGGUUCAUUGAUUUUAUAUAAUGCACUGUUUCCCCUCCUGCCACCUUCUGUUCCCUUCCCGUUCACUAGUCAUUACCAACCAGGGAUGUCAUACAAGUUUUCUCCCCUCACGGACCAUAUCUUUGGGAUUGGGACUUUUCCUUAGAGGGCUGCUGAUAGCAGACAGUCCCAGAUAGAAGUGUCAAUGGGGUCCAAGGGGAAGGAGACUAUGCCCUGCAGGCUCACUUCACAGGGAUCAACGAUUGUUCCACAGCUGUAGCUCUGGGCUGGCCGCUCCCCAACUCCUGGCCCUCAUGCCUUCUCGGAGUGCUCUAAAACCAGGCUGCCCACUCCGUGGAGUUCUCUGCACUUUAGUCUUUGGACUUCUCUUCACAUGUGUUCUGGUUUGUGGGGAGAAACCGGUGUGGGAAAAGCAGAGCAGUUGCUCUCCCCGCCCUGCCCUUGCUUCGUGUGGCUGGAUCCCAGGCCACUAGAGCAGAAGCUGGUGUGAGACUGAGGCCUCCUGGUGCCUGUCAAGGAUCAGAGGGGGACUAGAUCUCCCCAGCCCCUUCACCUUUUAAAUGUGAGUUGUCUUAAAAAGAAAAAACCAAGCAGCAGCAACAAUUUCUCUUUUUAAAAUAAGGACAAAUCUGUUGUUGUUUUUCAGAAACACAUUCUAUUCCUUUUGGCACCGCAAUAUUUUGGGCCAAAGCUCCUUCCAAGCCUAUGGUAGUUCCUCCCCGAGUCUCUCCCGCACAAUGCAGCCUCUCUUCCCUUGCUCUUCCCUCCCAAUGACGGUGGCUCACUGGGGCCUUCCUGUGGAACCCAGAGGCGCUGAGGACUGUGGCCUGGCUGGCCGGCCAGCGUGGUGCUCCUCAGGACUGCGGCACUGAGAUGAAACCUGGCCUCAGUUCAGGAACAGGGGCCACAACAGGGCAGGAACUCAUUGCAUAGGAACCACAACCAUCCAGAACCAUAGAAGUGGAAAAAAAAAAAAAAAAAAAAAAAAA